AUGUCGGCAGCAAGUCUCUCGUCCUUGAGCCGCUGUGGGAUUUUAGCCUUUCGUUCUCAUCCGGCGAUUGUGGCGGCCCGAUGGGCUCAGACAGCAGCUGCCCCUGCUCCUCAGCCAAGAAUAAAGAAGUUCCAGAUUUACAGAUGGGACCCAGACACUGCUGGAGACAAACCCCGCAUGCAGACCUACGAGAUUGACCUAAACACAUGUGGCCCGAUGAUUCUUGAUGCUCUUAUCAAAAUAAAAAACGAAAUGGACUCGACUCUUACUUUCCGUCGUUCCUGUAGAGAAGGUAUUUGUGGAUCUUGUGCAAUGAACAUCAAUGGCGGGAAUACGCUCGCCUGUCUGAAUAAAAUUGACUCAAAUUUGAGCAAACCAACAAAGAUUUACCCCCUGCCACACAUGUAUGUGGUCAAAGAUCUCGUCCCUGAUAUGAGUAACUUCUACGCUCAGUAUAAGUCUAUUGAACCAUAUCUAAAGAAGAAGGAUGACUCCAAUGAAGGGAAAGAUCAGUACUAUCAAUCAGUGGAAGACCGACAGAAGCUGGAUGGCCUGUAUGAAUGUAUCUUGUGCGCCUGCUGUAGUACAAGUUGCCCAAGCUAUUGGUGGAACGGUGACAAAUACCUGGGCCCAGCUGUUCUCAUGCAGGCGUAUCGUUGGAUGAUUGACUCACGAGACGAGUUCACAGAAGAACGUCUGUCCAAGCUCCAGGAUCCGUUCUCUCUCUACCGCUGUCACACGAUCAUGAACUGCACCAAGACCUGUCCCAAGGGCCUGAAUCCUGGAAAAGCUAUUGCCGAGAUCAAGAAGAUGAUGGCGACGUACAAGGACAAGAAAGCAGCUGCAGCCUGA